ACGUUGUGGUGGCGUAUUGCUGCCCUCCGCUGGUAAUCAUUGAAGACUGUCAAGCAGCCGUGGCCAACCAACCCGUGGCCUGAGAACGAAAGGUGCGCAAGCGCCUUAAAAUGAGUCACCAUGGUAACUACGUUACAAACGCAACUGCAAUGGAGUUUCUUCCAGUACUUGAGCCACUAGAUAAGCCCAAACACGGAAUCUGGUAUUCUUUGGUGCCCACAGGGAGUGCUCCAGGUGUUAGUGUGGGUCACACUUGCACGUUUAUAUCAUCAGGAGACGGAGAGAAAGGAAGAAUCAUUAUUGUUGGGGGAGCCAACCCUAGUGGCAGUUUCUCUCACACACACGUUAUAAACCUAGAUAAUCAUGAAUGGGAGGUUCCAGAUUGGAAAGGUUUGAAGCCCCGUUAUGAACACUGCAGCUUUGUCCCAGAGAGCUGCCCCGAGAGCCUGUGGGUGUUCGGUGGGGCAGAGCAGAGUGGUAACCGCAGCUGUAUCCAGAACAUACGAUUUACAGAUAGUGCGCCACACUGGAAUGAUGUAACCGUAGGUGGGAAGACCCCUGGUCCGAGGACGUAUCACACCAACACAGCCUGCCUCGGGAACAAACUGUUUGUUUUUUCUGGUGGUGAAGCAGGAGCUGAGGCUGUGUCUGACCAAAAACUUAAUAUAUUUGAUACAGUCACUUCCACCUGGUCACAGCCAGAUACAAAAGGCCGACAGCCGACAGCCAGACACGGUCACAUUAUUGUAGGAGUGGGUUCAAAGGUCUACGUUCAUGGUGGCAUGACUGGAAAUAAGUUCUACAGCGACAUGUACUGUCUACAUACAGAAAUCAUGAAGUGGGAGAAAGUGCAAACCAAAGGAGACAUCCCAGCAGGAGUCGCCGCCCACUCGGCUGUGGUACAAGGAAAGAACAUCUACAUAUUUGGAGGCAUGACUGCAGAUGGUGCCACCAACCUGAUGUUUAGAUUCAACACUGAAAAAAGUAGAUGGAUCCUAAUGAAGUUUGAAGGAGAUCUGCCACCCAACCGCCUGGACCACUCCAUGUGUGUGUUGCCCUGGACGGUGCAAGCUGAUGGUGAUGGUAACAGCUCAGGCACCUCAGACACCAAGCAUUUGGCCUUUGUCUUUGGAGGGAUGGACACAGAGGGAGUCCUACAUAAUGACUGCGUUGUAACAGUUCUGACAUGAUGGAGUUGGUUUAACAAUGACCUCUGUCAUAAUAAGAUGUCAAAGAAAUCCAUUGUGUUAUUUUAUAAAAUGUACACAAACAAAUUUUUUUUUAUCAAACAUUUAUUUCAAUGUAUUUCCAGAAGUACAAUGACCAGAUUCAAUAAAUAACUUUUGAAAGUUGCCUGUGAACAUAAUGAGCCCUUGAUCCCACAAGUAUUCUACCAAUGAAUAACCUACAACCAUCCAUAUAUCCCACCCCGAUUAGCUCCCUCCCACCACGGAACCC